AUGGGUAAUCUUCCGUCAACUCGCAUUUCUGAAUCACCUCCAUUUUUCAAUACAGGUGCUGAUUAUACCGGUCCAUUUUCAGUAAAGGACAGAAACGGGCGAGGUUGCAAGAUUGCUAACACCGGAAUUCAAUGGCACUUUAUUCCGGCUUACACACCCCACUUCGGAGGGAAUUGGGAACGCGGAGUGAAAUCAGGCAAACACUAUCUAAAAAGAGUAGCUGGAGAGGCAAUUUUAACGUUUGAAGAAUUUGCAACUUUGCUUACACAGAUCGAGGCAAUACUCAACUCCCGACCUUUGACUCCCUUAUCUAGUGAUCCCAACUACUUAAGUCCUAUCAUUCCAGCCAACUUUCUGAUUGGACGAACGUUUUCUUCUUUAGCUUACCCUGAUUUGUCACACGUGAGUCAAGGAAGACUAUCAAACUGGCAACGAAUUCAACAACUUCAGCAGCACCUGUGA